AAAGUAAGCACAGCACCUCAAGCAAGCAAAGCACCUCAAGUAAGCAAAGCAUCUCAAGCAAGCUGAGCACCUCAAGCAAGCAAAGUGAAAGCACCUCAAGUAAGCAAAGCACCUCAAGCAGGCAAAGCACCUCAAGUAAGCAAAGCACCACAAGUAAGCAAAGCACCUCAAGUAAGCAAAGCACCUCAAGCAAGCAAAGCACCUCAAGUACGAAAAGCACCGCAAGUAAGCAAAGCACCUCAAGUACGCUAAAGCACCUCAAGUAAGCAAAGCACCUCAAGUACGCUAAAGCACCUCAAGUAAGCAAAGCACCUCAAGUAAGCAAAGCACCUCAAGUACGAAAAGCACCUCAAGUAAGCAAAGCACCUCAAGUAAGCAAAGCACCUCAAGUAAGCAAAGCACCUCAAGUAAGCAAAGCACCUCAAGUAAGCAAAGCACCUCAAGUACGCAAAGCACCUCAAGUAAGCAAAGCACCUCAAGUAAGCAAAGCACCACAAGUAAGCAAAGCACCUCAAGUAAGCAAAGCACCUCAAGCGGGCAAAGCACCUCAAGUACAAAGCACCUCAAGUACGCUAAAGCACCUCAAGUACGCUAAAGCACCUCAAGUACGCUAAAGCACCUCAAGUAAGCAAAGCACCUCAAGUACGCUAAAGCACCUCAAGUAAGCAAAGCACCUCAAGUAAGCAAAGCACCUCAAGUAAGCAAAGCACCUCAAGCGGGCAAAGCACCUCAAGUAAGCAAAGCACCUCAAGUAAGCAAAGCACCUCAAGCAGGCAAAGCACCUCAAGUAAGCAAAGCACCUCAAGUAAGCAAAGCACCUCAAGUAAGCUAAAGCACCUCAAGUAAGCAAAACCACCUCGUAAGCAAAGCAUCUCAAGUAAGCUAAAGCACCUCAAGCAGGCAAAGCACCUCACCUCAAGUAGCAAAGCACCUCAAGCAAAAAGCAUCUCAAAAAACCACCUCCAAGCAAUGCACUCAAGCAAGCAAAAGCACCUCAAGUAAGCAAAGCACCUCAAGCAGGCAAAACCACCUCGUAAGCAAAGCACCUCAAGCACCUCAAGCAAAGCACCUCAAAAGCACCUCAAAAAGCAAAACACCUCAAGCAAGGCAAAGCACCUCAAGUAAGCAAAGCACCUCAAGUAAGCAAAGCCUCAAAGCAAGCAAAGCACCUCAUCACAAGCAAACAAAGCACCUCAAAAAAGCUAAAGCACCUCAAGUAAGCAAAAGCACCUCAAGCAAAAAGCAAAGUGCAAAGCACCUCAAGUAAAGCAAAUAAAGCACCUCAAGUAAGUAAACAAAAGCACCUCACCUCAAGUAAACAAAGCAUCUCAUGCAAACAAAGGCACCUCAAGCACGCUCAAAAGCACCGCAAGCAAAGCACCUCAAGCAAGCAAAGGAAAGCACCUCAAAGUACCUCAAAAGCAAAGCAUCUCAAGCAAACAAAGCACCUCAAGCAAGCAAAGCACCCCAAGGGCAAAGCACCCUCAAAAGCAUCUAAGCAAAAGCAUCUCAAGUAAGCAAAGCACCUCAAGCACCUCUCAAGUAAAAAAACAAGCAAAGCACCUCAAGCGCUAAAGGCAAAAAAAGCACCUCAAGUAAGCAAAGCACCUCAAGCAAGCAAAGCAACUCAAGUAAGCAAAGCACCUCAAGUAAGCAAAGCACCUCAAGUAAGCAAAAGCACCUCAAGUAAGAGCAAUCAAAGCACCUCAAGUAAGUAA